AUGGAAAUUCUAUUUAUUGUUAACUACUGUCAAGUUGCCAACAUCACAAGCUCUGAUGAUGAACAAGAUUCUUUUCAUGAUUUAAGUGAGCUUGAAGGAGAGGAAAAUAUUAAUGGCUCUGGAACUGAUGCAGUUCAGAGUACAGCUAUGUAUAUGGAAGCAGAUGACACCUUAUCAUCCCAUUUGGCUGCUAAUACACAAACGUGUAGUGACCAGAAUAAUACCAAUGGUUUGAUAAGGAAGACAAUAAAUGGGAUUGAGACUCAAACACGCAAUAGUCAAGGCUUAAUACCACCUCACAUCAGUCAGAUAUAUGAUGAAUUAUUUGUCAUACAUCAGAAGCUCCAGCGAGAAGCUCUACUUUUUAGACACGAAGCAGCUUUGGCUAAGAUAAGAGAUGUUGAAGAAGAAGUGCAUACAAAAUUUCGAAUAAUAAAAGAGCAACAUGAGGCCGAAGUUAAACAACUGACAGAAGCCUUGAGAGAAAUAACUAAAGAAAACAGACGGCUGAAAUCAUCAUUUGAUACCUUGAAGGAAAGGAAUGACUCCUUAAAAAAACAGUUAAGUGACAUCAGCGAGUUGAACAAGAAGCUGGAAGGUCAAGCAAGAAAAGUACAAGCUCGUUUAGAGAAUCUACAAAGAAAGCAUGAAUUUUUGACAGUACAGAAAUCUAAGGAUGUAUAUCAAGUGGUGCAACAAAGUAAACCUGUCAAGCAAGAAAAAGGAACAGUGGUGUCCAAAAUUGCUAAGGUACCAUUGAAUUUACAAGUUUAUGAGCUUUUAACUGCUCUUAUGGAUUGGAUCUCGGACCAGGAUCUUAGCAAAGUAAAAACACAAGAAGAAAGAGAGGGCAGUCAUAAACUUCUGCUUACCCAGAACUCCAAAAAAACGUACACCCAGGAGAAGUGUAUGAAGCUUUUGCCUGUAGUUGCUGAGCAACUCCAGUGGAUGCCAUUUGUGAAUUCUAAACUACAUAUGCCUGUGAUUAAAUUUAUUUACUGGUCUAUAAGACAGCUAGACACCGGUAUGCAGCAUGCAGCAAUGGCAUCAACAAUGAGGAGACUUGGUGAAGAAGUUUUUAAAGGCGUGGCGAGUAAAGGAAGGCUGCACAGUUCUCCUGAACAGCCUAAUGAAAGUAAAUCAAAAUCAGCAGCUUUCUUUAAGAGCUCCUUCAUGCCUCUGAGGUUUCUGUCAACUUUAAUUGUUCUCAAGACAGUGACACAAGCAGACUACCUGGCUCAGGCAUUUGAUUCCCUUUGCGUAGACUUGAAGACAGAUGAAGGAAAGUCUUUAUUUUUGGAGUACCAGUGUGUGCCUGUCUUACUAAAUCACUUAAAAAUAUCCAGCAAAGGUCUGCUUUCCAGUGCUCUUGAUGGAUUACUUCAGAUGACCAUGGAGUCUGAUUCCCUGCAGCCUUUCCUGGAAGCCUGCAGUAACGAAUCCUUUUUCCGUACAUGUUCUGUAUUACUUCGAACACCUAAGCUAGAUCUUCAGAUUUUGGAAAAGCUCUGUGUGAUACUGCAAAAGCUCUCCAGAAUAAAAAGUAAUAAGAAGAUGUUUGAAUUGUUUACUCUUCACCUAAUGAUCCAAGAACUGCAGAGAACAACACACCCGGAUCAUGCCUUUCUCUGUAUAAACCUUAAUUCAAUUCUGUUUAAUUUGGGACUGGCAAGGAGUAACUCCCUUGCCUCCAGUCCAAGCACAAGUCACUAGAAUUAUCUUUCAAUCUAAUUGUUUUUC